UGCCUUUUGAGAUCCGGAGAGGUUCUCGGGGCCGCCCUCGAGGUCUGGUGGUGGCGGUAGUAGGUGGGCGGCGGAGCGAGGUCGACCUUCCGGGGGUUGUAGGAAACGGGCCUUGCUCUUUGGGAUCUGGAGUCACAGUUGUUCCACUGGGGUUCUGAGGGGUUCAUACGGUUCUGCCCUCGGGGAUGGCGAGGAGGAGACGAGUGGGAAGGCACCAGCUCCUCCUCCACUGUCUCUGGGGAACACGCAGUCCUGCCGGUAGGGGUACGGAGAGACCCCUGCUGUGCACCCCAGGGGGAGUGGGAAAGGGACAGCUGCCUUCUGGAGACCUAGGCAACCUCGAAACGGUUGGGGGCGUCGUGACGCUAGGUUGCGAACCACAAGGCGCCCUGUGCUGUGGUGUCUGUGGGAAGCCUAGCGCUACUCUCCAGGAUCUCAGGUAAAGACACAGCCCAGCUACAGGGAGUCAAGGGGGCACGUGACCUUGCUCUCUCAGGUCAAGGUCACAAUCCGGACCUGGGGAGCCCCGGUUCAUUCAUUUAUUCACUCAACAAGUAUUUAUCGAUCAUCUAUUGAGUGCCAAGCGUGUUGCAGGCUCCCCGGAUACCUCUUUACCUUGCUGGAGAUCCCAGCCUAGCACGGGAAAUGGGCACUAAUCAUUCCAACUGGGUGUCAAACUGGUAAAAGUGUGAGAUGUUCCUUCUCCAGUUAGAGAGCUUGUCACACCCCAGCCCCUCUGUGAAAUCUGUUCUCCCGGCCAGCCCGAAAGCCCAAAUUCCCGGUCUUCUCGAAAUAAUGAGAAAGCCCAGCCACGUCGGAGUAGGACUCGGGCGUCUCGGAAGUAUUUAGGUCCCCAGCUUGGGUACUGGGACCGGAGAGAUAGCAGAGCCGACCAGGAAGUGGGUAAAGGACUUGGAGGCCCGGCUUCCACCUCCAUCCCAAGCAGGAAGCGGUCCUGGCGGUCCAGCAGUCCGUUUGGAUGCGGGCAGGGGGCAGGGCUUUGGGGGUCUGGUCUCGGGUUUGGCGACAAAAGGUGGAAAGGCUUCCGGUCUGCUUUUCUGGGCGGGGAUUUAUAGAGGUCCACCUUCUGGUUGGCUGCGGUAGGCCAAGGUAGGCGGGGCAUUGAGUGGACAGCUCGGUUGGGCGGUGACUGCGGGCCCUCCAAUAGAGGGCUCGGUAGGCGGUGGCGGGAGGGGAGGGUCACCUUGUGAUUGGCUGAGGCGGAAGGUGGGCGGGACUUUUGUUUGCCUGGCUGUUUAGGCCAAGUGGGCUGAGGUCUGGUUCUGCGCGUGCGCAGGCGGUCGUCCGUUAACUCCUGCGGUCAGUUCUGUAGAGUCGAGCUGCGCAAUGCAGAGGCUGCAGGUAGUGCUGGGCCACCUGACUGGCCAGCCCCAUCCCGGCUGGACGCUGCAGGCGGCGCCUUGCUCGAGCGGCGACCCGCAGGCCUCGGCCGCGGACGUGGUGGUGGUGCACGGACGGCGCACCGCCAUCUGCCGGGCAGGCCGCGGCGGCUUCAAGGACACCACCCCCGACGAGCUUCUCUCGGCUGUCAUGACCGCGGUUCUCCAGGACGUGAAUCUGCGGCCGGAACAGCUGGGGGACAUCUGUGUCGGAAAUGUGCUGCAGCCCGGGGCCGGGGCAAUCAUGGCCCGAAUCGCCCAGUUUCUGAGUGACAUCCCGGAGACUGUGCCUCUGUCCACUGUCAAUAGACAGUGCUCAUCGGGGCUACAGGCAGUGGCCAGCAUAGCUGGUGGCAUCAGAAAUGGGUCUUAUGACAUUGGCAUGGCCUGUGGGGUGGAGUCCAUGUCCCUGGCUGACAGAGGGAACCCUGGAAAUAUUACUUCGCGCUUGAUGGAGAAGGAGAAGGCCAGAGAUUGCCUGAUUCCUAUGGGAAUAACCUCUGAGAAUGUGGCUGAGCGGUUUGGCAUUUCACGGGAGAAGCAGGAUACUUUUGCCCUGGCUUCCCAGCAGAAGGCAGCAAGAGCCCAGAGCAAGGGCUGUUUCCACGCUGAGAUUGUCCCUGUGACCACCACGGUCCAUGAUGACAAGGGCACCAAGAGGAGCAUCACUGUGACCCAGGAUGAGGGUAUCCGCCCCAGCACCACCAUGGAGGGGCUGGCCAAACUGAAGCCUGCCUUCAAGAAGGACGGUUCUACCACAGCUGGAAACUCUAGCCAGGUGAGUGAUGGAGCAGCUGCCAUCCUGCUGGCCCGGAGGUCCAAGGCAGAAGAGUUGGGCCUUCCCAUCCUUGGAGUCCUGAGGUCCUAUGCAGUGGUUGGGGUCCCACCUGACAUCAUGGGCAUCGGACCUGCCUAUGCCAUCCCGGUAGCUUUACAAAAAGCAGGGCUGACUGUGAGUGACGUGGACAUCUUUGAGAUCAACGAGGCCUUUGCGAGCCAGGCUGCCUACUGUGUGGAGAAGCUACGACUCCCCCCUGAGAAGGUGAACCCUCUGGGGGGUGCAGUUGCCUUGGGGCACCCACUGGGCUGCACUGGGGCACGACAGGUCAUCACACUGCUCAACGAGCUGAAGCGCCGUGGGAAGAGGGCAUAUGGCGUAGUGUCCAUGUGCGUCGGGACUGGAAUGGGAGCUGCUGCUGUCUUUGAAUACCCUGGGAACUGAGUGAGGCCCAGGCUGGAGGCGCUGCCCACACAGUCCUGCAAGGCAGCAGCACUACAGAAGCGAAACCACGUGGGAAAACUCAGCACUGGUGGUGGUGGCGGCGGACAGAUCAAGGCACUUCAACUCGUUUGGAAAAUGUGAACAUGGCUGACAUGGUCUAGGAGUGGGUGGGGUGUUGAGGCACCCAUCAGACCCUCAUUAGCUGUGCAAGACAAAGGCAGCCUGGGUCACGCAGGCCACAAGGCCACGGUUAAUUCCCAGGGCAAGGCGAAUUCAUGAAUGAGAAGCGCAGCCGACAUAGUAAAUGUGCAAGAAUUUA